CAAUUCGCCAUCGUGAAGAAGUGCCGGGAGAAGAGCACGGGGCUGGAGUACGCGGCCAAGUUCAUCAAGAAGCGGCAGAGCCGGGCCAGCCGGCGGGGCGUGUGCCUGGAGGAGAUCCAGCGGGAGGUGAGCAUCCUGCGGCAGGUGCUGCACCCCAACGUCAUCACGCUGCACGACGUCUUCGAGAACCGCACCGACGUGGUGCUCAUCCUCGAGCUAGUGUCCGGAGGAGAGCUCUUCGACUUCCUGGCCCAGAAGGAAUCCCUGAGUGAGGAGGAGGCCACCAGCUUCAUUAAACAGAUCCUGGAAGGGGUGAACUACCUUCAUGCCAAGAAAAUCGCUCACUUUGAUCUCAAGCCAGAAAACAUUAUGUUGUUGGACAAGAAUAUUCCCAUUCCACACAUCAAGCUGAUUGACUUUGGCCUGGCUCAUGAAAUAGAAGAUGGAGUUGAAUUUAAGAACAUUUUUGGAACACCAGAAUUUGUUGCUCCAGAAAUUGUGAACUAUGAGCCCCUGGGACUGGAGGCUGACAUGUGGAGCAUCGGUGUCAUCACCUACAUCCUCCUCAGUGGAGCAUCCCCCUUUCUGGGAGACACGAAGCAGGAAACGCUGGCAAAUAUCACAGCAGUGAGUUACGACUUUGACGAGGAAUUCUUCAGCCAGACCAGCGAGCUGGCCAAGGACUUCAUUCGGAAGCUUCUGGUUAAAGAGACCCGGAAGCGGCUCACAAUCAAAGAGGCUCUCAGUCACCCCUGGAUCACGCCGGUGGACAACCAGCAAGCCCUGAUACGCAGGGAGUCUGCGGUCAAUCUGGAGAACUUCAAGAAGCAGUAUGUCCGCAGGCGGUGGAAGCUCUCCUUCAGCAUUGUCUCCUUGUGUAACCACCUCACCCGAUCCCUGAUGAAGAAGGUGCACCGGAGGCCGAACGAGGACCUGAGGAAUUGUGAGAGUGACACGGAGGAGGACAUCGCCAAAAAAAAAGCCCUCCGCCCCCGGAGGAGGAGCAGUAUCUCCUAACUGACCAGGCUCUAGGUGGCCACCAGGGAAGCCCAGGCCCAGCAAGGCUCCUUUCUCUGCAGACUCUCGGACCCUGCUUGUCACCAGCGCCUGAGCAUUCUGCAACCCUGAGCACUUUGCAAGAAAGAUGGGCAUGCAGGAUUCAGAGGGAUUUGUGGGGGAUCCAGGAGAUCCUGGGAGCUGUGGCUAUCUCCUAUGGAGGAGACUCCAACAUUCCCAAAGCCCUUAAUUCUCCAUAAAAUGGGCUUUCACCUGUCUGCCCACCUCAGAAGCUGGGAUGGGAUGUGACCCUAAGAAAAUGAUGUAGAUGACCAUCAUCACCAUCAUCAUGGGUAAAGGUCAGAUUUGGGCAGCUUUCCUUGCAGGAUGAGGGAGUUCAGAACCAGCCUGGUCAAAAAUGAUACCAGGAAGACAGACACCUCACCCGUGGGCAGAAGAUACAGAGUGAAUGUUGGGGUGUGAGGGACCAAUCCUGUGACCUCCCAGAACCCACUUGGAGUCAGCGUGGCAUGCCGGCCAACUUAUCAAACCUCCUAAAGCAGCCCAUUGGCAGCCCACUGUGUUGUCAUUUUUUUCACUUUUAUUAAACUUCUUGUUUACCUGA